GAGGAGGAGGAGGAGGAGGAGGAGGAGGAGAUGAAGAGGUGAUAGAUGUUAGGAAAGAAAAAUAUACACAUCUCCAACAUCAACACACAAUCCACACAUCAACUGCUGCAAAUUCCCUAUCGUGUCCAGCUUGCAGCAAUGGUGAUGCUCCUAGUAGAGCACAUUGCUGCAAAUUUUGUAAAAAACCAGUUCAUGCUCUAGAUACAUGUUCUGUCAGUUUUGAAGGAGAAGAGGAAGGGUUUGGCCAAAGCAGAGUUUGCUUUCAAUGCGUGAAUUACAUGGGCAGCAGGCCUACUGGUCAGAAAGCCUCAAAUGAGGAAAUGGAAUCAGCAUUGACAAAGUAUUCGAGGACUUCCAUAACAAACAGACAAAACAUUGUCAUAAUUAAUGAUAAAAAUGUCGAGCUUGAAGCGCAGUCUGUCAAAGGGUGGAUGGGCAUGUCACUUCCUCCUAAAAAGAGGAGAGUUAAAGGGGGGUACUAUUGGAGAGCUUGUCCAGAUUUUCAAUGUUUGGAAGAUUCGAGACAGAUCAAAAUUGGAGUUUUGAAAAAUGGAAUAAACCCCUCUUCAAAAACAAAACGAAUUGGUUCAAAACACAUAACACUGUCGAAUACAUGUAGGUUUGACGCGCCCUGUCAGGUAUUGGCAAUCGCAUAUUGCGAUAGUGUCAACUAUAGGAACUAUGUGGAUCAAUUACAUUUGGAGAAUACCAUUAUGGAGAUAGCAGUUGAACUCGCUCGCAAAGGCACAAAUCAUUCACUUUACAUGAAGAGAGCUGUACUGCUUUCAAAAUACUCCCCACACGAACUUUUGAAAGGAGGUGUUGAAAGGGUGGAUUGCGCAAGCAGUAGCAGUUACAUGCUGAGAAAUGUAAAACUUCCACCUUCAAUGACGGAGAAAUAUAAUUGCUCAUCACCGCACUGCCCAGGAGGGAAGGAGAGAGAGAUAGCAGUUCUCUCUGCAAUGGUGGAUGACAAAGAAUCCACAAUUGAGAGACUUGAGGAUGCACUCUUGUCGGGAGAAACAGACGAUCGAACGACUUUUCUUCCCAUGGGCGAUGUCAGUCACGUUUCCCCUGAGAACUUCAUCAACGAUCCAGAAAUAUCAAAAAAGGUAAUUUAACAUUUCUUUCAAAUAUUUGAAACUCCUUGUAUAUUUCCAUCUUCAAGUUACAACCAAUUAUUAUUGUAAAAACAUUCCAAAGUUUGAUUGUACUGUACUACUGUUAGGCUACUCACUAGCACGUCUUCUCUCCAUAAUAAUUAGUACCGUAGCUUGUCCCUUACGCCCAAUUAAUAUAGAAGUGUGUAUGGCAAGAUGUAAUGCUGACUUCUAUCACUUCCAUUUUACUGUUAUAACAUAAUAUUAUGGUUCAAUCAGAAGCGACGUGGCACUAUAUUCUUGUAAGACGUUUAGUCUUACAAGCUGUAAAGCUGUAAGCUGUAAAGCUGGAGAACUCAUUAGAUCAUUUAGCAGUCAACAAUUCCCGUAUACGUCCAUGUCAUACUUCACUUCUGUGUGAAUUGAACCCGAUAUUACUUCAAAAUCCACUAUUUUUCUCUUAUAAAGCUGGAGAACCAACAAUAAGAUUGUUACAAGUUGGAAAAGUUAUCUUCACUUAUGAUUUCCUGAUUAUAUGGUACCGUAUUU